AUGGAAGGUAAUGGUGGUGCUCGUUUUGAUGGUAUGAAGAACACUGUGAGGAAGAAACGUAGCUUGGCUUCUCGUCGCCCUCGCCCUGAGGGAUCGAGUCUCUUAGCUCCUUCAGAACAUUUCAGCAAGAUCUCGAGUGAUGAUAUACCUGCAUUUGAUACCAACCCGAGAAGGAAAGAAUUUAGUCUUAGCCAGUGUAUAUCCAGGGCUGAAUCUAUAGCAGAAUCUGAAAGAGGAAAGAAUGAUUCUCGGCGGAGAGAGAUCAUCGGCAGAGACAAACGUUCGACUGAAGGUGUACUUGCACCUGCUAGCAGGAAAAACACAAGCCGGGAAGAUGAAGGUAAUGAUAUGAUCAAUGGAAAGAGAAGUAAUGUGGGUGAGCUUGAGGGUGACAUGAAGAGAAUGAAGCUCAAGAUUGGUGGUGUGAGUCGACUGGUUCAUGUCAAUGGUUCAUCCCGGAAGUCUUCUAAACCGGUGAAUGAUACUACUCCGUCUAACAACGAUUUGGAGGAAAGUUCAGAUGAAUGUAAUUCUCCUCUAGAGAAGAAGGCUGAUUUAGAGGGAGCUGAGCAAGACGAAUCUAUGGCAGGGAGGAGAAAGCAAGGGGAGCCAACUGGCUCGGUUCGCAAGAGCAAACGAGCAGCAAAGAAACAGGUUGUAGACAGCGAUGAUGACAGUGAUGGUGAGCUCCGGUAUCUGGAAAAAUUGAAGUAUAGGAAUGCCUCUGUGUGUACUGAAGAGACUGAAUCGGGAAGGAAGCAAUCUGCGAUUUCAAAUGGGGAAAAUUCUGGUAAGGGGAAAGCUGUAUCUGAGAAGGCGUCCGAGGACAUGGAUAACGCGGAGGAGAUUGAAUCUGUGGCUGAUGAGAUUGGUGUUGAGAUGAAGAGGGAAUCAAAUCUGACGAGUCGUCAGCGAGCCCUUGCUUCUGCAUCUGGCAGAUCAAGCGCGAUUGAAUUUCCAGAUGGAUUACCUCCUACAACGAGAAGGAAAAAGGAGAAUCUUUCAGAAACAGAGCAACAACUGAAGAAGACAGAAGCUGCUCAGAGGCGUAAAGUUCAGAUUGAGAAGGCUGCAAGGGAGUCUGAGGCAGAGGCUAUAAGAAAGAUCCUAGGUCAGGAUUCGAGCAGGAAGAAGCGUGAAGACAAAAUUAAGAAACGCCUGGAUGAAUUGGCUCAGGAGAAAGCUGCACAUGAGGAAAUGGCUCCAACAAGCUUCAUCAGAACAAUAAUGGGUCCUAGUGGAACCACUGUUUCAUUCCCAAUUGACAAAGUGCCUAGCCUGUUCGAUCAGAAACCAACCUGUUAUCCUCCUCCGCGGGAAAAGUGUGCUGGUCCAUCGUGCACCAAUACAUACAAGUAUCGUCAUUCAAAGACUAAUGUGCCUCUGUGCAGCCUCCAAUGCUACAAAGCUGUUGAUCAGCAGAUUCAAAGCGGUCCAGGAGAAGCCUCAAGUGCUGCUACAAAUGCUCCCUCUGAUUCAGAGACUAAGCUUCCUUAG